AUGCCAACGGCAAAGGACCUCAAAUACUUCAUCCCCUCGGCCGCCACGGCAUCCGUCUUCCUCUACGCCCAAGGACCGUCAAUAACGGCUAUUGUGUGGGAUUUGAUGACUGGUGAUGAGAUUUCUCGUUUCGUUUCGUACGAGACGCUCACGGUUGCCGCUUGGAUGCGAAAUGGAAACGUAGCAUUUGGCAAUACCCAAGGAAAUAUCAUCCUCUUUGAGCCUACCACGUCCGAGCACAUCUCAGCUAGGACGAUAGAUCAGAUUGCAGUGACGGCACUGGCUCCGUCGUCUGACUGCCGAACCUUUGCCAUUGGAGGACCAUCGCCCAUUGUCACGCUUGCCUGGCACGCAUCAUCCUCAAAGCAAAAGUCAGACAUGCUGGCUGUCCAGAUGCACGACGGCGACCUGCGGGUCUGGAGCGUGGCCAAGUCGUACAACGCAGAGGAACCCAAGGUAGUCAGGGCGCUUCGGAGAAAUGAAAACUAUCAAGCCGGCCCCAAUUGGAUGGGAUGGUCCAAGAACGGUCGUGUGAUCCAGUUCUCAGACUCGUAUACGUUUUCGUGGGACGUAAGAACAAGGCAUGUUACUAGGGACUCUAUCCCAACCCUGGAGCAUGUAAAAGGCGUGGCUCUCUAUGGCCCCGGAGCGAGCCUCUUUACCCUCGGGCCGAAUAACACUGUACAGCAGUUCGAUCUCAACUCUCCAGCCAUCAUGGUAGCCAAUGUACAGCAUCCCGCAGGCGUACUUCCGCCAUCUCCUCCCACUUCUGAAGAAACAGGAGGCAGAUCAGUACACUCUGCUACGACAAUUCAUACGUCAGAGUCCGAGUCAAGCUCCAUACCCCUGGAGAUGGGCGUCUCCGAAAGCGACGAUGAUCAUCUAUCUCCUUUCCAACGCCUAGUAAAGCACAAUGCCCCCGAGAUACCUAGCAAUGAAGUUUAUGAGACGGGUAGCCCAGCCUCUAGCCGCAGCGGCAUGUCAUCCUUGUCAAAGUCUUCGGCAGGUUCACGCACGCCCGGUAGGCCGGCGGGAUCACUAAGAUCGCGGGCCAAGACGGAGGGAACAUACAUCUCUGCCGGAUCGUCCUUGAAAACUUCCACCGUGGGACGGCAGGGGCAGGGGCAGGAGCUGGACAACUACUCGAUGGGAUACUCGCUCCCUACCACAAGCGCUCCGUCGUUGGCCUCAUCCAAAUCUAAACUUCGACCCUCUCGUCUGAGAAAUGAGGUGCCGAGGAGUCCUGCCGAUGACACCAAGGUGCAGGAUCUGUUCAAGUAUACUCGUUCGCGCUUGAGCGACCUUCCGUACAAACACCCCAUACCAUCAAACUACCCUCAUCUCACCAAUGACGAUUUGCGCCGACAGAUGCUCAACACCAUCUUCGGAUGGAACAAAGAAGUGGACGACCUUAUUCGCGACGAAAUGAGCCGCUAUCCCGCCGGAUCAGCAAACCGCAUAUUACUUGCCAAGUGGUUAGGUGAUUUCGACUCAGGCAUUGUAGCCGCCAGCUCCCAGAAUAUGACCUCAUCAGACUGGAUGCUGUUGGCGCUGAGUUCCAUUGGCGGACACGCGUCUCAGCAAAAGCUCGGUCGCGUCUAUGUCCAGCGUCUCCUGGAGAACGGCGAUGUCCACGUUGCGGUGACGAUUAUGCUUGGCAUGGGCGACUUUAAUGAUGCCAUUGAAAUCUACAUCUCGCACAAGAUGUAUAUGGAGGCUCUCAUUCUCACUUGCGUAGCUUUCCCCAGCGUCUGGGAGCGCCAAGUUGCCAUUGUCAAGAAAUGGGGUGAAUGGGCGAUUAAGCAUGGCCAGCAACAGUUGGCGAUUCGCUGCUUUGCAUGUACCGACCAGGAAUCUUCAGAGCCUUGGACCUCACCGUCAGCUGCGCAACUUAGCUUCCAAAACGUCACGCCGAGUAUCCCUGAGGUGCUGAGCCCUCCAUUGUCACCCCCAGGAAUCCAGUUGGGUCCUCAGCGUAGCGUCGCUAAAGCAUCAGCGCUGAAGCUGGUUACGUCGUUUGGCGAUCAGAGCAAAAAGGCCAAGUUUUACUCGCAGGCUGAUGGAGGCCAAACCCCCAUUGCAGCUGGAGUUACGCCGAUUGCGGAGUCGGCCAUCUCUCCAAGUGGUGCUUAUGACCCUGCGACUGCGUUUCUUCGCCCGUCGAACAAUAGCCGGUUCAAUACGCCAACAUCAGCUCGCGCUGGCGGCGGCCAAACGUUCAAUCGUGGCCGCUUGCCCUCGAUUGGAGAGUCUGCCUUUGACAGGAAUAGUCUGAAGAAUAUCGGAGCUGUCAUCCAGCCCGUUAACACGCCCCAGGAGCAGCAGCGAGCAAGCCACUCUCGCAAGUCCUCUGCAGCCCAAGACAACAUGACGACGGGACUUGCGAUGCAGCGUGCUGCUACAGCUAGUCCGAUGAUGAUGAGAGAAAAGUUCCCGUCUGUCGUUCAGGGAUAUGCGGGCGAAUAUACAAACGAGCGGCCUCCGUCUCCCGACCGCUCGAUUAUGAGCAGACUACAGGAAGUCCACUCAGCACAGCGAAACGGCUCCCGGGACCGGAUUCCCGCGCAUUUGCAUCUGCAACUGCAGCCCAUGGCACAAUUGGAUGAUACGAUGUCUCCUGAACAAUCAAACGCUGCAUCUAGCCGCUACCACUGGCCAACUCGUCGCCGUGGCACUGGUCCCAGUACUGCGCCUCUCGGAGGUUCUGUGGCGGGUUCCAUCACAUCCAACUCAAGCGCUGGCCGUAGUCACCGAUCUAACCCUCGCCACAAGGAUGAUUACAUCCACAGCCUGGAAGCGGCCCAGUAUUACUCCAGAGGAACUGGAAGUAGAAAUGGGAGCAAGGACCGGAAAAGGGAUCCAUCCACUGGCCGUCAUACCAGCCGAGAGCGACGAGCCAAAUCGCGCGACCCAUCUGAAGAACGUGGUAGAGGCUCGGCUAGAUCUUGGACCAAACCAAAAAGGUCUCCCACAUCCCCUGUCCCAAUGUCUCCGGAAGAUUUGGCUAUCCUCAGCACUCGUAAUUUCGAGAAUACGGUUGAGCCCUUGACGAUUCGAAAGGCGAGCGUGUCAAAGAGCGGAAAGACGACCUUGCCACCUUUGGAUACUCGUGGACGAAGCCAUGGGCGAAGCAGAUCGGCUCCGCGGUCACCAACGUCACCAGUGCCACUGUCGGCCACGGCCUUGCAUUACCAGGGGUCGGAAGACGAAGAAGACUUUAGGAAGGCUAUGCAAGCCCAGGAAGACUUUAGAGCCAAGCACAGUCGGAGCGUUGGCCUCAUUGGUAGUUCUCCUGCCAUGAGUCGACGUGAAAACCCAGAAAGCCGCCGAAAGGAAGCGGCAAUUAGUGACGAUCGCGGCCCAGCCCCGCUGUUGCCUCAUAUCCGAGCUGCAUCUACAGAGCACGCCGGCGAUUUGCGAAAGAUGAAGGAUGAACGACAGCGGAAGAAGGAACAAGCCGCGCGAGAGCUCGAGGAACGACGAAAAUCUCUUGCAAAGCGACAACUGGGCCCUCAAAUCCCCCAUCCUAGCGACAUAGUAUCCCCUAGGAAGCCUCCUCCUCUGGUAGAAGCUGAUGAUGAGCCUGAUGAUCUCCCUCCUCGCUCGGCAACAGAGCCUCCGAGGAGCAUGUAUGCUAGAAAUGGGCCACAGAUUGGUCUGCCUGCUACGCCAAAGGCGAUGAGACUCAUUCUCCAGACAGAUGAGGAGGAGGAUGAAGAGCUGCCGCCACCUCCAGUUCCUACAACGGAAGAAGAGGAAGAGCAGCAGCAACAGCCGCCGCAGCCGCCGCCGCCGCCGCCACUGACAUUGUUACCAUCAACAGUCUACCAGCUGCCCUCGACGGUUUACCAACCACCAACUCGACCUAUGAUCCCGCGAAGCAUGUCUGCGCCAAUCCCUGAUGAACCAUCGCAAAACCCCCGCUUCAUGAGAAAGGGAAGUGCCAAUGAGGGCAGGGGCCUCGAUGAUAUUGUUGAGACGGAAUGGCGCCGACAGAGGAGCGAUCUGGUGCCUCCGCCGCCGCCGCCACCUCCUUCGGCGCCCCUUACUUUUCUGAAAGAGUUGCAGCAUCUGGCAGUCCCUCCUCCUCCCCCACCACCCCCCUUGCCACAUGUCCGACGACAGCCUCCCGUCGCCGGGACAGUGGCCUCGGGCAUGAUUGAGAUUGUCAUGGAUGACGACGAGAUGGAGGAGCCCAUGGCAGUUGCCCCCAACGAUGGCAUGGUGCCCGUGCUUUCUCCCCCCGAGCCACCUGUCAAGGGACACAACCGAGGCCGCAGUCUGGGAGAGGGCAGUCUCUCUGGUCGCAUGAGCAAAGCUACCGAACGCCUCCGCUCGGGCAGCCGCAGCCGCAAGGAUGGAGCUAUUAGCAUCAUCAGGUCACCGCUCGAGGCUUUCGGCGAUGCGACCGGCAUGGGCCAUCUUCGAUCUCCCGUGGCGGGCUUGCCGCCUCCUGUCUUGUAUGAUCGAGAUGUCGUUCGAUCCCCAAUUGAGGGGCAUGGUAGGAAGCUGUCUAGCGGGAUGUUUUAAUGAAUGGAUCGCACCAUGGCUAAACGACGCCCUUUUUCGCCACACAGCGACUUUUAUAUC